AUGGGGAAGAGUUCGAGCCAGAACGAACAGACGACAGGACAGAUGAGCAGUGACUGUUGGAAUUAUGAUCAUAGCUUCACCUUUACCUGUUUCUGUCCCCAUUAUAACUGUAUGGUUGAGGAGGUCCAGUCACCAGGAGGGCUCAACAAAGAAAAUAUGGCAGCUAUAUCAUCAUGGGUGUCCAAAGUAUCAGCAUGUCAACCUGAUAUGAUAACUGAGGACAUUCUAGAAGCUCAACCUCUGCUAUUCAAUUCAGACCAACUAUCUGGGCCCUCAUGUCAAGAGAAACAUCUCAUAUCAAACAAUAUAGUAAAAUCAAUUCAGCCUUCAAGUCUAGAAAAGCCAUGCAUAACAUCCAAUGUACAAAAAACCACAAAAUACAUAAAUAUAGAAAAGUCAUCUACAUCAUGCAGUCCAAAACCUUCAAAUAGACUGUUAGAGUCAAAAAGGUCAAUUAAGUCAUCAGACCCCAAAAGAUUAUAUAAGUCAUCUCACAUGGAAAGGACAUGUAAGAAACACAACAUUAAAAAGUCACAGAAGCUCACCCAUGGCUAUAAAUUAGGUAACGUCAAUUCAUCCUGUUCAGAUAAGCAAGUAACACCUUGGCUAGCUGUUCUGAAAACUUCAACUAAGCAAAUCACACAAUCUUCUUCUUCAAUCCCAUGUAAGCAAAGCAUAUCCACCAAACCAUGCAGAAUAAGGAAACCCAACCUGCCAUGACAUUUUCAGGUAAAAAGGCCAGAAUAGAGGAAAAAUUUUGUUACCCAAGCCACAGCAGCCAAAACUUGCCGACAUUAUAAGGAGAGAUGCCUUGUAUGCAAUACUUCUGGAUUUCUUCUCAAUGAUCUUUCAGGGACAGAGAAGAACUAUGCUGGAAAUAUUUGUGGCUCAAUGAAAAUGAAGCCUUGUCUCCACACUUUCUAUGAUACAGAAUACAAGUACAAUUAUUAUCAUAAGAGUGUGAGCAAUGAUACUAUGAAAAUGUAUGACAGUGAAGACAGUAACGCAGAGAUAGUCAUUAUUUGUGACACAAGUCAAGAUGCUAUCACAAAUAAAAAAACCUUCCGAUAUUAA